UCGGAAUACCAGUUUUGAGUCUAGCAAAGUGAUAAUAUUAUCAUCAGUGCAUUCGGAGUGAAAACAUGUCACUUUUGUUAUCAUUUUUGUUAAAACUCCUCUCAGUGGUGAUUUCCCUAAUAGUGGUCGUGGUGACUGUGAUAAAAUGGAAACACCAGUAUUGGGCCAAUAGGGCCAUCCCCUUUUUCCCCCCACGAGUCCCAUUCGGGAAUUUGCAAAAUCCCAGACGCAAGAAGUACUCAAUCGGUUUCCACAUCAAAAAUUUCUACGACCAAGCGAAAAAAAUGGGCUGGAAACACUGCGGUUUGUACUUUUUCGCAAGUCCGGUGUACUUAGUGGUCGAUUUGGACUACCUCAAACACAUCAUGAGUACCGAUUUUCAAUAUUUCGUCGACCGUGGGAUGUACUACAACGAGAAAAUCGACCCAAUUAGUGCCCAUUUGUUCGCAUUGGGUGGUACUAGAUGGAAAAAUCUCCGAAGCAAACUUUCCCCAACUUUCACUUCAACCAAAAUGAAAAUGAUGUUUCCCACACUCGUCGAGUGUGUUUCCCUUCUUUUGGACGCAAUGGUCGAGAAAAGCGUCCAAAUCGACAUCAAAGAACUCUUGGGACGCUUCACCACCGACAUUAUCGGUUCGUGUGCUUUUGGCCUUGAUUGCAACACCAUCAAGGAGGAAAACUCGCCGUUUCGCCACUACGGGAAGAAAGUGUUUUUCUCGACGAAAUUGCGCACUUUGAAACUCACUUUUGCGUCGAGUUUCCCGACUUUGGGACGACUUUUGCGCAUCCGGCAAGUCUCAAGUGACGUUUCCGAUUUCUUCCGGAAAAUCGUCAAAGACACUAUUGAGUACCGGGAGGAAAAUCAAUUUUCCCGACCCGAUUUUUUGCAAAUGUUAAUUGAUUUGAGGAAGGAAGGGGCUGAAAUAAGCCUCGACGAGGUUAUAGCCCAGUGUUUUAUCUUUUUUUUGGCCGGGUUUGAGACCUCAUCCACGACUAUGACCUUCGCCCUAUAUGAAUUGGCCAAAAAUCACCAAAUCCAGGAUAAAUUAAGGGACGAAAUCGUUCAAGUUUUGAGGAAAUACAACGACGAAAUCACUUAUGAAGGGAUCACCGAGAUGAAGUAUUUGGACCAAGUGAUUGAGGAAAGUUUGAGGAAGUAUCCUCCUCUACCCUUUGUGACCCGGACCUGUGUCAUGGACUACAAAGUGCCACAUAGUGACUUGAUCAUUGAGAAAGGGCGAAGGGUCAUUUUGCCGAUCCUUGCCCUUCACCAUGAUCCUCAAUUUUGGCCUGAGCCUCAAAAUUUUGACCCUGAGAGGUUCAAUGACCAAAACAAAAGUCUGAGACAACAAUACUCCUACAUACCAUUCGGGGAAGGCCCCAGAUUUUGCAUUGGGAAAAAAUUUGGGCUGACGCAAACCAAAGUCGGUCUUGUGGCCCUAAUCAAAAACUACGAGUUUUCGGUCAAUUCAAAGACCACAAAUCCUUUGAAAAUGGCGGCGAAUACGUUUAUUUUGAGUGCGGAAGGGGGGAUUUGGCUCGAUUCGAAGAAAUUGUAAGACUCACCGGAAGCCAAACAAAUUCCUGUGUUAUCAUAGAUGUGUGAUAAACUAUUGAUAUUAGGACACUUGUGUGGGGAGUGAUGCAGCAUUAUUUUAAAUGCCAAGGCUAAGUUGGAUUGGAAUUUUCUAAGAAAUAGAAAAUUUUUGAGCUUUAUCUUAUUUAUCAAAAUUUUGCAACUGCUAGAUUUUAGAGAUUUUUUUAAAAUAAGUAAAUAUCACUUUAUCAAUAUUGUGUGUGUUCACCUGUUUGCGUAUUUUUUAUUUGUUUUUCAUUGAAUUUCAUGAUCUCAAGUAACAGUGGUUGUGUUUUUUAUUUGUUUUUUUGAGUUAGAAUAAAGUGAUGUUUUUCAAAAUCAAGUUUUAAUGUUUCUUUGUACAAUGCAAUAGUAAACAGAAAUUUGUGGAAAUAAUGAAAAAAAUACAAAUAGGGCAAGUAUAAAAAUUACAAAAAAUUUUUUUUUGAAACAAAACAAUAAAAACCAGUACAGGAUUUUGACUCAUCUCUUAAAAUUACAAUAAAUAGUGUGAAAACAAUUCCAUUGAAUGAAAAAACUGUUUUUUGUUAAUUUCUUGUUUGCUUCAAAAUUUUUGUAGGUACUCGAAAAAAUUAUCACAAAAACGAUAAAAAACCAAAGUAAUAAAAGUUCAUACAAAAUUAAUAGAAAAAACAAAAUAAACAAGUUUAAAAUAGAACAACACAGAGAAAUGAGAAGAAAUGAAAUUAGCGAAAAAAUAAAAAGAGAAGGAAAAAUAAAUAUAAAUAAAUUCAAAAAAAAAAGAUGACAGAUGGAAAAAUCAUAAGGUAGUACAAAGUGAAAGAAAAGGAAUAUACUGAAAGAAAAGGAAUACUGAACGAUUUUAUUAUUAUUUUAUUAUUU